UCAUUUGUCCUUCUAUGAUGAUGAUGAUGAUAAAGUUAUAUUGCCCUGAAAAUAAAUGUUUGUAAAAGAAUCAUUUGCACUGAAAACAAAGUCGAUCAAGAUCAUUUCAUGAUUUGAGGUUCAUAUCAUCAUCAUCAUCAUCAUCAACAACAACAACGAUAAUCAUCAUCAUCAUGUCAUUUUUGUUGUUAUUAUUAUUAAUGGUCAACAUAUGUUUGGGUGCCACCAAUCCAUAUAAAAAUAAUGCUGAUUAUUUUAAUCCAAUAAUUCAUGAUCAUCAGAUUCAAAUUGCUAAUAAUUUUCUUUUCAAUCAUGUUCAAUCAUUGAUGAUUAAUAAUUAUCGAAAAUAUUAUCAAAUUUUAUUUAAUAAUAAUGUCAACACUAGUAGCUAUGUCAAAACUAUUAAUGAUCAAAAUUGUUUACAACUAUUAAAACAAACAUUAAUACAUCCACUUGAAACUGAAUGGUCAGCUAAAUUGAUCGAUUCUACUGGAUCUAUAUUUGGCCAUGGAUUAUUAUCUGGUACUUUUACUAGUUUUGGUGAUUUCGAUUCCUGUAUCAGUAUAGAUACUACUAGCCAUCAUCAUCAUCAUCAUCAUUUAUCAUCGAAAAAUGAUGAUGAUGAUAUCUCAUUUAUUGGAAAAUAUUGUAUUGCUACAUUACGUUUGCCAACAAAAAUCAUUUGAAGAUUUCCCUCGAUAAAUCCAACACAAAAUUCAGAAUAUUUGAAAAUUGAUGCCAACAUCAAUGAUACAUGGAAACAAUCUUUAUUGGAACGUUGGUUACAGGCCAAUGUUCGUUAUCCAAUUGCAAAUGGAAUAUGUUUACCAUCUGUUUGUGAAACAAAAUUUGUUGGCAAUAUAAUCCAGGAUGCUUUUCAACCAUUACGCGAUACCAAUUUCAACAUUGAAUUCUGUCAAACAAAACAGGAUUCAUCAUUUAAUGAUUGGUUUUUAACCAAAUACAUUUUAACCACCACAAUAAUAAUUUUAUUUGCAUUGAUUAUUUUGGCUACAAUAUUGGAAAUAUAUGGUGUUCAAAUGGAUGAUAAUGGUACAAAAUCAUUGCAAAUGAUAUCAUGUUUUUCGUUAUGUACAAAUUUUCGUUCAUUAUUUGUUAUAAAAAAACGAAUGCAAUAUCCAUGGAUCGAUGGCUGGCGUGUUUUAUUAACAUUAAUAGUUCUUAUAUCACAUGUAUCAAUCAAUCAAGGUGUAUUACAUUUAAGUCCAUUAUCACCAUUUAUUCAUUUUCCAGAUGAUUAUCUACGACAAAUGAAACAUAUAAGCAAUCGAUAUCUGGUCAAUAGUACAUGGACUAUAAAAUCAUUUUUUAUGAUGAGUGGUUUUUUAUUAGCACAAAGUUUUUUAAAAUCUAAAAAUUCACCAUCAUUUGGCCGUUAUGUAUUGGUUCGGUGGUUACGUUUUACACCUUGUUAUCUUGGUUAUAUCAUAUUAACAUUAUUGUUAGGUUUUACCGGUGCAGGACCAUUAUUUCAUGAAAAAAUUAUCGAACCAUAUUUGAAACCAUGUGUAAACAAUUUAGCAUAUCAUCUGUUAUACAUAAAUAAUUGGUUAGAUUUCAGACAAAUGUGUGGAUUUCAAACAUGGUACAUUUCCGUUGAUUUUCAACUUUAUUUACUUUCAUUCAUUGUGUUGGCAUUACAUUAUCAUAAUUUUAAUCGUUUAGCCUACAUGAUAACAUUUUUAUUCAUCAUUUCAUCAUACAUAAUGACCAUGGUCAUGUUUAUUUGGAAAAUACAUGGAAUACCGUUUUUCAUUUCACCAUUAUAUCCACAAUUACCUCUAGCUGAUCGUGGCUAUUUUUUCUAUUGGACAGCCACAUAUAAUCAUUUUGAAGCCUAUUUUACUGGCAUUACAAUCGGUGUUAUGGUCAACAAAAAAAUCAUCUUCAACAUGUCCAAGGUUUUAAUAAGAAAUCUAUUUCUAUUCAGCCAAGCAAUGUUGGCCAUCGUACCGCAUAUAUUUCCAUUAUUUUAUGUUGAUUAUCAACAAGAACGACAAUUACUUGAUUUAAUUAGCAGCUAUUCAUGGUCGGAUGCAUUGAUUAUAACCAUACCGAAUAUAUUGUGGCUUAUAUCAUUAUCAUUCAUGUUCUAUUUAUUAUCAACAUAUCCAACAAUAAUGAAAGAAAAUAUUAUUAUCAAAACAUUAUCAUCACAUUUUUUUGUACCAUUGGCUAGAAUCAGUUUUGCCAUUUAUUUGGUUCAUGUACCAUUAACAUGGUUCAUUGUACAUCAUACACGUUUUCCACAAUUAAGAAAUGAAUUCGGUACUUUUACAUUCUGUUUUCUACUCAUCAUAAUAUCAGUUCUUGCUGCAAUCAUUAUACAUAUUUUUUUCGAACUUCCUUUUACCAAAUUGAUUCAUUUAUUAUUGUAUCCAAAGUCAUCAACAACAACAACAAAACAACAACAACAACAAUGAAAAAAUCAGCGCCAAUUAAAUCAACGUACGAUAUUGUUUUGAAUAAUAAAAACAAUAACGAUGCAGCAACUUGUUUGACACAUGAACAACAACAACAACAACAACGCCCACAACAAACAGACAAUUGAAUGUUUUUUGCCAAAAAAAA